ACGAUGAAGAGGGAAGAAAAGGCCCUCCCUUACACUAAACCCCUGGAUGGAGGAUGGGGAUGGAUGAUUGUGUUUCAUUUUUUCCUGGUAAAUGUAUUUGUGAUGGGAAUGACCAAAACAUUUGCGAUUUUCUUUGUGGUCUUUCAAGAAGAAUUUGAUAGCACUUCAGAGCAAAUUGGUUGGAUUGGAUCCAUCAUGUCAUCACUCCGUUUUUCUGCAGGUCCCCUGGCUGCUAUUAUUUGUGACAUACUUGGAGAAAAAACUACCUCCAUUCUUGGGACUUUCCUUGUUUCUGGUGGCUAUCUGGUCAGCAGUUGGGCCACAGGCGUUCCCUUUCUUUGUGUGACAAUGGGGCUGUUACCUGGAUUGGGGUCUGCUUUCUUGUACCAAGUAGCUGCUGUGGUAAUUACCAAAUAUUUCAAAAAAAGAUUGGGUCUUUCUACAGCAAUUGCCCGUUCUGGAAUGGGACUGACAUUUCUGUUGGCACCCUUUACAAAGUUCCUGAUAGAUCUUUAUGACUGGACAGGUGCUCUUAUAUUGUUUGGCGCUAUUACACUGAAUUUGGUGCCUUCCAGCAUGCUCUUAAGACCCAUCCAUAUCCAAACAGAGAACAAAGAUAUCAGUUUGUCUGAAACUGGACCAGGGAUAUUGUAUAGGACAGAAACACCACACUGCAAUGAGACACAAGAGUCUUCCAUCGAUGGCAGUACUAUGAAGAAAUCUGGACAACCUACUAAAAAUUUAACUGUCUUAGAAAAUCAAAGUGAAGAAUUCAGCAAUGGGCCUCACAGGAACAUGCUGUUACUUACAAACAAUGACAAAAGUUACAAGAAAAAGCUUGUUCCGUGGAACUGCAAAGAAAAACUUUUAGAUAUUUUUCUCUUUAGGAAUCCCUUCUUCUACAUAUUUACCUGGUCUUUUCUUCUCAGUCAACUAGCAUAUUUCAUUCCUACUUUCCACCUGGUAGCCAGAGCCAAAACACUUGGAAUUGACAUAAUGGAUGCCUCCUACCUUGUGUCUGUAGCUGGUAUCACUGAGACAGUCAGUCAGCUCAUUUCUGGAUGGAUUGCUGAUCAAAACUGGAUCAAGAAGUAUCAAUACCACAAGUUUUACCUCAUUCUGUGUGGUGUAACUAACCUGCUUGCUCCUUUAGCCACCACAUUCCCACUCCUUAUGGCCUAUACUAUCUUUUUUGCCAUUUUUGCUGGUGGCUACCUGGCACUAAUACUCCCAGUAUUGGUCGAUCUAUGUAAGAAUUCUAGAGUACACAAGUUUUUGGGAUAUGCCAGUUUCUUUGCUGGGAUGGCUGUCCUUUCUGGACCACCAAUAGCAGGCUGGAUAUACGAUUAUACACAAACAUACACAGGCUCUUUCUACUUUUCUGGCGCCUGUUAUCUCCUGUCUUCAGUUUCCCUUUUCUUUGUACCACUUGCUGAACGAUGGAAAAGCAAACAGUCUGAUCCUCUAAGGACUACAAUCAAGUAAGAGCUUACUUAACAGAAGAAUCUAAACAAGAAUCUGGAAACAAAAGCUUAGGAGAAAAAUCUUUGUAAAAAUGAGAAAGUAAGCCAUAUAAUUUUUAAUAUUCUUUCUUACCUUAUUAGUGCUGCCAGGAAUGUCCUAUUGAUGGGAGGAAUAAUAAAUAACAACUUAAAUUGUUAGUACUUAAUCAAACAGGCUGAUUCAAUCAAAACUGUAUUAAUAAAGCAGCUACUCUACCUAUUAAAUGAGUAUCAGAAUGUACUAUAAUAAAUAAAUCCAAACUUUCAUUUGUACUACGGUAAUUCUGUCACCAAAAUAUGUGAUAAUUGUAUACUAUUUUUUUUUUCUUUAAUAUAGUAAUUGUUUGAGCAGGGCUCAGGAAUCUUAAUAAAGUCUUACUUAGUGACAAAAAUGGUAUAUCCCCUCCAAAACAAGUUUAUUGUUGUUUAUUCAUUGUAAGUAAUCUUUGUUUUCCUAUAACUUUGUCUCUUAAGUUUAUAUAGUGUAGUGCUAUCUCACAGAAAUAAAACUUGCUAAAAUAACCUUUAUUUGAAGAUGAUUUGAAUAGUAUUACUGUCCAUCUAAAUAGAAUUAUCUUUUCACUAUAUUUAAUUACCAAAAAUAUUUACAUUAAGCAUCUAGAUGACUCUUCAGAGCUACUAAGUUUCAUAUGGAAGUUGAAAAGAUGAUUUUAGUAGGAAAUAUGUUUAAAUCAAAAUGUGUGUACCAUUUAUGGCUAGUUAAUAAUGGUACUCACACUGAGCAUUUAUCUGUGAAUAUUGAAAUCAUGGCUGGUUGGGUAAAAAAGGAUUUUCUGAGCACAGCAUGGUGGCAUAUACCAGGACUCAGAAGACUGAAACAGGAUCAUCGAGUUUGGAGUCCAGUGUGGGCUACACAGUAUGAACUGUGUCCAAAAUAAAAACUAUUUUCUACAACAUAACCUCCCUUAGUAUCUUUCAGAAUA